AUCUGAUGGUUCGCUACCCGUUUCCUACUUCCGGUGAUAGGACUAAUAGUGACAGUAGCAAGUAAAAUAGCAAUUAGUGAAUUAGUGUGUUCGGUGGAUUUCCCCAUCUCCGUCUAUCUUCUCUUGUUUCUUGCUAUAGCUGUACUUAGUCUAUCUUCCUAGCAUAAAAGUUUUAACUUCUUCUAACCUAGUGAUAACAUUUCUCCGAAACGUGUGAGAACCCGAGCCGCAAAUCUUAUUCCCAAAUAUUUAUAUUGUGAAAUGUGGAAAUUUUAUUACCAUCCUACUGGAAGCGCACAAGAAGAAAACUAGGUGCUCAAGAUGUGUUUAUACAAAGAAAAUUUGAUCUAGUUUGAUCCCAGGGAAAGGGUGUUUACAAAGUGUAUCUCCUAACAGUCGGAUAUUACGCCGAUGGAAGAAUGGAAUUAUACCUGUGUCGUAAUGCAACUUUAGUACUUCUAGCUAAAAACCGUUAAACCGGUGAAAUCAACAGCGAGGAAAAACCAUCGUCUGAAAGAUCAGCAUAUUAACAGCUGGAAGUGAUAUCGCCUUGACUAGUAAGUCGUGCUGGGGAUGACUAGUUAAAGAAAAGAAAUUAACCUCGACGAAAAGUAAUGCUACACCGUUUUUCCCCACUGCUGUGGGGACUGUUGACGCAAAGUUUUUCGCUAUUGCAAAGUUUGCACUCCCACGCGAUUUGUGUUUAGUUUUGCAGUGAUAAGUGAAGCUUUUAAUUACUGGAUUUAUUGGCAGCUACCAGACCGCGACAGAUAGGAGUGAAGAAGGCUGUGUUGAAAACAAUUCAAUCAGUAAGGAGAUUCAAAGUGCCAACCAUGACGUGAUCAUUGAAGUGAAAUUAUUAAUGUACAAAUCAAUUAUACACAGUGUUUGGUUAGUGUCUCAAACAUUUUUUUUUCUCAAACUGAAUAUUGCUAGAAAAAGUUGAUCCCGAAUAACUUACUUCAGACUAUAAAAUCUAGGCUUCGCUUUAAGGCCCUUUUCGAUCGGUAGUUUCACUGCAAUCGCAAAUGCAUUUUUAAAAUAAUUCAAACGAACAAAGUCUUUCAAUGGUCGCUAGCUAUUCCAGGAAUUGCGGAGCAAUGCAUAAUAAACGCGGCAUGAAUAAUUUAAUUUGAGCCUCCUAAUUGGGCACUCUUUUGUUUGAAGUGGGACACUAAACUAAUACCCUCUGUUUAUUUAUAGUAUCGCUUUGUACCGCCUGUUGGGUGGUGCAGUCAAUCGGCUUAGUGAGGCUCAGGAUUGUGAAGUACCGUUUUUUUCUCUUCAUUUCGUGAUAAAUUAAUUCCAUCCAGCGGACUUAGUCGACCGAGUAGUUAGAAAGGCACGAGAGUUAAAUGAAUUAGAAAAUCCACAAAGCAGUGAAGUUGAUAUUAUUCCGAGAACUUGUUGCUGCCUAAUUGUCCGUGAGAAAAUACGCAGGAGGUGAUAGCACGGCUCAAGGAUUGGUUCGUUCCGGGAGUGGGAAAAGGGCAAAUUCUGCAGUGAAGUGUUGAAUUGAUCACCGAAACUGGCAACCGGAAUGUCGCAGAACUACCGGAAAAACAUGGACGCGGUAAUCGGAUUUCUGGCUUUAUCUGUCGUCUGUUGGCGAAGUGCACAUUCACUGCACGCGUUGGUCUUGCCGGAAACGGAUCAUCAUACAAGCGGUGCCGGUAGUGGUAGUACUGCCGGGGAGGAUGGAGUGAAUGCCGCCACGAUAGUGGUGUUGAGGGAGGAAAAACUGCAGCAAGUGCACUAUCGCUGCGAGGAUGGAUUCUUCCGAUGCAACAGUACGGUGCACUGCAUAGAACAAAGAAGAAACUGUGACGGAUUUGCCGAUUGCGACGAUGGAUCCGAUGAGCGCGAUUGUGAUGACGAAGUCGACUCGUCCUUCUGGGAUCAUUUUUUUCGCAAGCGACCGGCCGCUCUGAACGACCAUCUGCCGUUCGCUUCCUGUGCUUGGAAUGACUUUAAUAAUUCCUGCAAAUGCCGAGCAACGGAGGUUUUGUGUGAUUACAAUGGUCUUACCACCCUGCCAACAUCGCUGCCGAUGGAGAACGUAACGCUGUUAGAUUUGACUGGCAACAGAUUUCCCGUGCUUCACAUGAAUGUCUUCGAGAAGCUGCCCGCCCUCAACACACUGGUCCUGAAGCACUGUUCCAUCGAAGAAAUCGACCCACCGACGAAAACGCUCAACGAUAUGUACGCGCUCUAUCUGGAUCAGAACAAAUUAAAAUCGCUUCCGGACAUUUUCUUCCCACCAGGGACUUGGCUGCAUACGCUCAUCCUGAGCGGGAAUCAGAUUGCCAGGCUGACGGCGGGCAACUUCCAGAAUCUGUUCUACCUCAAAGAGCUCGAUCUUAGGGAUAACCAGAUUGAAUUCCUGGAGGCGGAUGUGUUUCGUUCGUUACACAGUUUGGAAAUUUUGUACCUGAACAAAAACCGUCUUACAUCCCUGGACCAGGGGAUGAUACCGCGGCUUAAUUCAUUGCGAACGUUAUCACUGGCGCAAAAUCAAAUUCGCUCUAUUGCAGUGGAUGCACUCGAUUUACCCAUAUUGGAGCACCUUUAUCUGGUUGAUAACCGGCUGCAGUUCAUCGCUAAUGACACCUUUCGUCAUUUACCAAAUCUACUAGGCUUGUUUUUAAACGACAACGAAAUAAUCCACUUCCAGCUUGAUUCGUUUGCUGGUAUCCAUAAUCUCACCACCAUGAAUCUGAAGGGAAAUAAAUUCACCCGAAUCGACAGACGAGUGCUGGAAAAUCUCACCAACUUGAACUACAUACAUUUUUCCGAGUUCCAUCACUGCAAGGCGGCGUUGCAUGUGCGGGUGUGCGAGCCCCGGGGCGAUGGCAUUAGCAGCAAGAGUCACCUGUUGGACAACCCGGUACUGAGGGCUAGCGUGUGGAUUAUGGCAGCGGUUGGCAUUAGUGGCAAUUUGCUGGUCCUGUUCGGUCGGUAUGUGGUCGGAACGCGGAGCAGCCAGGCGCACGCCGAACAUUCGCUAUAUUUGAGACAUCUGGCGGCCAGUGAUCUGCUAAUGGGAAUCUAUCUGGCGAUUAUAGCCAGCGCCGACAUCAUGUUUCGAGGCCAGUAUCUGCUGUUCGAGGAGGAAUGGCGCUCGAGUGCGGUUUGUGCCUUCUGUGGAUUUCUCAGCACGCUCAGUUGUCAGUCCUCCACGUUGCUACUGACGCUGGUUACCUGGGACCGGCUAAUAUCGGUCACCCGGCCACUGUAUCAGCGGUCCAGCAGCAAAACACGUGUCAUCAUGCGUCUGGCGCUUUUGUGGGGUAUUGCGGUUGCUGCGGCGGCCGCCCCAUUGUCAGCGACCGACUAUUUCGGGUCGCAUUUCUACGGCAGCAACGGUGUGUGCCUUUCGAUCCACAUCCACGACCCGUACGCGGUCGGUUGGGAGUACUCGGCCGGGCUGUUCAUCCUCGUCAACACAUUCUCGCUACUGUUCAUCGGGACGUCCUAUCUGCGGAUGUUGCAAGCCAUUCGGGUGUCGCGUAACGAGACACGGAACACCCUCAAUUGUCGGGAAAAGAUUGUGGCCAGAAGAUUCGCUAUCAUAGUUGCGACCGAUUGCCUCUGCUGGAUGCCGGUGAUUGUCGUCAAAUUGGUGGCCCUGGGAGGAGUUCACAUAUCCCCUUCGCUGUACGCCUGGCUGGCGGUGCUCGUGCUGCCUGUGAAUUCGGCCCUCAAUCCUGUGUUGUACACCCUAACCACGGCGCAGUUCAAGCAACAGCUCACUCGUUUCUUCUACUCGCUACCAUGUGGCGCCAGUGCUGAACUGAACGGGUAUGAUUCGGCGAUCGAUUCAAGGAACAGUCUCGCGCAAUUUGCGUCCAGCAACGGUGGCAGCAAGCGACUGCUGCAGCGAAGGGAACGUGUUUCAACCAACACCAAGGUGUACGAGUUCAAAUAGCGAACAACGGCUGAGGUCGGUCGGCGGCACACGGUAGCGCAUCCGUGCCGUCGCACCGGCUUGGCAGCCAAUCCGGACCACAGCAACCAUAGGCACUGUUUCCUGCCCAGCCAAAACCUGCACCAUCACCAGAACCAGCACCACCUCCACCUCCUCCAACAGCAGCAGCAGCAGCAGUCACAUCGAAUGGAUCACUACAGUUGUCCAUCAACCGGAUCACCGCCGGGUUCUCCGUCCUCACCGUCCGCGAUGACCGCAAUGACAGGCUCUACGCUGAGCAUGAUUGAGUCUGGCUCGGUAGUUGGUGCUUCCGGGCUGGUGGCUCCAAUCCAGGCACCCUUUCUUCGAAGGGACAGCGCUAAGUUAAAGUCCUGUCUCAGUGCUAACGUCGCAGGGGAAAGCGGAACUGGCGACUCGAGGACGGUGUCUGCACUUGAAAUGGUCACCUUCCGUACUCCGCAAAGGCAGGGAUCCUUCCAGGUGCUGCUUAAAAAGGACAGCGUUCGAAGUCGAGACAGUUAUGUGUGCGAGUUGUAAGGAGUGUCAUCCCGGGGGGAAGGCCCAGGACUAGUCGAUUGUUAUAUAUUUGUCUGUGAUGUUAAUUGGUUAGGCUGAUGUGAUUCAGUUGUGUAUAAUGGCAAAGAUUACACGCGAUGAACACAACAUGGUAAUCAGAUUAGGGACUCGGAACGGCCCGACUGCUGCCAGCGAUAAUUAUAAUGAAGGGUUGCUUUAUUGAUUUGUGUGCGCUAUACGGUCUUGGGCCGCGGAUAGUAAAGUAGCAGAGGAUGCUUAAGUGUUGAUUUUUCAUUGUCGGUGGAGAUUCGGUUUGGGUGUAAUUAUGAGCUAUAAUUUCUACCCAGGGAGUUAUGGUUAUAAUAUUGUAAAAAAUAUGGCUGUCAUAUAUGUCGAACAGUAUUUAGAAAAGAUUGUUACUACUAUUCGUUGCAGGAAAAUGCAACUAGUUGUCUCUGGCCGACGAAUUUUUUCAUGGAUCAUUUUUGGUGAAACUUACUUCAUUAUUCUUGAAAUUGGUCUUGUUCAGUAAAUUAAUUAAAACAUAAACAAAUAAUGUCAAACAUUAAUAAGACAAUUUUUUUGAUUUGUUUGUUAUCAGAAAGUGAUAUAAAAUCAGGGUAUUUCGGGCUGUUUUUAAAAUGAUUCUGUUUUGUGAAGAAUGAAAAAUGUAAGGUUUGUGUCAAUCAUUACACCAUUUAUAAAUGUUUGUUCGGGUAUCUUUUUGCUGGCAAACAGUAUACUUAACAUAUAUUGAGACUGCUGCUCAUUCAAAUUGUUUUAUGCGACUGAUAUUAAGGUUUAAUAGAUACAUUUAACUACGCGAGUUUUAUGCAAAACGCAUUACGAUGGCGUUCUGUGGAACAAAAAGUUUUUUUUGACAAUAUUUCGUGUUUAUAAAAAAGUUGGGUUUGUGUUACCGAAUUGAUAGAGAAGGUGUUUAUUAUAAGUUCAACAGUAGAAACAUGCGUUGAAUUUAGUAUACACAGACGUUUUGGCUUCGAAAAUUUUCGGAAAUUGCUUUGGAGUGUUACUUGAGCUUUUCGAUAUUUAGGUAUGUGGUUUAACGACUGAAUCUUUUAGUUUCAGAUUGUUCGAACAAGUCAAUUCUAGCCGGUAAGCGUUGUCAUGUGGUUUUAUCCCUUAUCAAUAGUACUAUUUUCUUCGACAUAUGAGGACGUUUUUUAGCAUUUAUAAAUCAAUGGUUUUUUACUCCGUGAGUAUUAAGGUAAUGUAUCAUAAUCGGACCAGCAAUCAAUUAGACGAUUUUUGAGGUACAUAGAUUUCAGAUUCUCGGAUAACAUAAUAUGAUCAUCAAAAUAUACGUUUAUUGAAACAAUCUAUCUGUCUGGCUUACGGAAACAACAAUUAAUAACAAAUUGAACGUGAUUUUAUUGAAAUUGAACGUGAAUUUAUUCAAAUUUUAUAUCAUGAUAGGACCAGUCAUUUUAUCCUCGAUUCUAAAUGGAUCAUUUAAGAUUUUUCAAAAAAAAAAAAAAAAACAAUUUAGUUGUCUAAAACUCAUUUGAACAUUUUGCAAUGGACGAGAAAAAACUUUCUUUGAAUGUACGUGAAACCCAAGUAACACACAAAACAUGUUUGAAAAUAAGUAUCAACGAAAGUAGUCAUAUAAGUGUACUACAGGCGCAAUUGAAAACUUGCGUUAUUAUAAUGUGUUUGAAGUUAUUUUUCAUCAGUAAUACAACCGCAUUUCGAAAACAAGCUCGUUUUUUCUGGUUUUGGAGAUGUUUUUAAUAACAUGAGUUCAAGAAUGACAAUCACUAUCACUUGGUCUUUUCGUAAGACGUUACACCAUCUAAUAACAACACUACGUACCUGUAAAAUGCUUUUCCUUAGUACCAUAGUCGUAGCAUACAACAUCCAACUUAAAAUUACUUGAUCAAAUUAAUAUUUAAAUUAAAUGAACGAUUUCUAUAUUUAUUCGAAGCGGGUCAAAACGCGCCAUCAAAAGAUAAACAAAACGCUUGCAGUGUAACCAAUAUCAGUUCAGAUUUUUGUUAUUGUAUAUCUAACAAAGUUUUCUAGUUUGGUUAGAUUUUAUAUCCAGAUAACGUUGAAACUAUGCGAAAACAAUUUCAAUAUUCAAGCGAGAAAUAACUCUUUUUGAAAGGUUGAAUAUUGUUUUUUGUCAUCAUUUUAUAAUCCAUCAUUUUAUAUGCCACUGAUAAAAGAAAUUGCCGAUCUAGUUGCACUGCGCAGACACAACACAUUUGCGCAUGCGCUGGUCAACAGUUGUCAUAGCAACAGAUUUGCGCAUUGCCGUAUUAGUACUCGAGAUGUAUUUUAUCACUUAAUUAUAUCAAGUUGGCUUGCUUUCAUGCAGUUAUCGGUACUUCUACUACUAGCCUUCAUGUUUUGCGCUUUUCUGGUGAUAUUGAUGUCAUGGAAUAGGUAACGUCAACUAUUCUAUACCAACGUGUGUUACUUGGGAAGUGAUCAUAAUAUCAAGUACAGGUAAAGGAAGUGUUGGAGUCUUGAAAGUAAGAUAAUACGACCAUGAUACAAUCUCUUUCUCUCUCUUUCUGAUACCUACUGCCUUAUUGCACAUCUUAUGCAUUUACUCUCAAUCGCGUACCCAGGAGUGCAAGGGAGUAAACUUUAAUUGCAGAUAUCUCAAAAAACGGUUAGGUUUAACGCUAAACGGACAAAAUUUACGUCUUGAAAAUAGCUUUUUCAAAUUCGACCCACAGAUUCUCUGCGUCACCUCUAGACCUUAAUGAAAUUUAACUAAUUUUUUAUAUGUUGCUUGUUGAACCCCAUGGAGGUCUUGUUGCUUGGGAAAACGAGUCCUGCAAACAUUUCUGAAAAUAAGUCCCCUUUCUGAUGUAUCAUUUUUUUAAACUUUUUUACUAAUAAUGUAACCUAAUAAAUCCUAAUAAAAUUUUCUGGACUUCACCAGGAGAAGUUGUUUGAUAAUAUUGGUAACUAUUUGCAGUAAUUUUUCGGCUAAUAGUGAAGCAAUCUCGCAAAUGAAAAGUUGGUCCGAUCAUGGUAAGAUUUAGGAAUCCGAUCAUGAUACAUCACCUUAUUCCGUACAAAUCUCAAAAUAAAGACACAUUUAUUUCCACUGCUAAGAGUAAUAGAUGAAAAAUCACAAGAAGGUUGUAUGCAAAGCCACGACCGCAAGGUUGAAGUAGAAUACUUUUACAAGAAAGAUAACCCGGCUGCUUGCGUGUCAGUCAUUUUUUCUUGUAAAUAAACGUUGACCGUUCAUUGGCAGUAUUGUAGUUUCAUUUUGUCUGAUAUUUUGAAUGAAGUUCAUUGAAUAUUUUUAAAUUUUGUGCAAAUGAGAAGUUGAAGUGCUGCCGAAUUGUAAUAUGCACAUUUAAUGCGACAUCAUUAAACGGAAACGGAACAAAGGCUACGGUUAUGCA